GCGGUGGGAUGGGAUGGGAUUGGUCCUCUCUGAAAGUACAGAAUACAGGUGUCCGAGCCAGAGAGUAUAAUUGAAUUUAGGAAACGUUAGUGAUUAAUAAACUUUCAGUUAUGGCUCUAUCCCAGUGUCUUGAAGAUUCGCCGGGCUGGCGGACACCAAGACGACCAAGCCAGGAUAUAAACGUUAAAGAACUUUACAAUGAGAGACACCGACUCGCUCUGGAGGAGCUGGUCGCUGGCGGAGUCGAUUCCUUUAUGGGAUUCCUGCAGAAAGAGAGAAUCCCUAACUUUCUCUCCGACGAAGAGAUCAGGCGGAUUUCACGCGCUUCUGUUGUGCCCAAAUCACUCUCUUCGAUCGGAGACGAUUCUCAUUUGGACCAAUCUGGCACACUGGACUGCUCUUCUGUCACUUAUUUCCCCGAGGUCUCUGACAUUGAGCCCCCAGUUUUAGAGAAUGGCUGGCCAGCGUUCACUACAGGGUCGUUCCGGGGAGUAACGCGUGCUGUCGCCUACUUCCAGCCGUGUUAUGGAGACUGCAUUUAUAGCUGCAAAGAAGCGGCCAGGAGGAUGAUAAAAAAUGCAAAGGAGGUGAUUGCCGUUGUGACAGACUCCUUGACAGACCUGGAUAUCUUCCAUGACCUGCAGGAAGCUUGCACACACCGCAGAAUUCCUGUCUAUAUUCUUUUAGACCAGUCUUCUGUCCAGCCAUUCUUACAGAUGUGUAAAAACCUUCGUGUACAGCUUGAUGAACUGCUGCAAAUGAAAGUACGGACCAUAACAGGCUCUACCUACUACAUGAGAUCAGGUGCUCGGAUCACUGGAAAAGUUCAUGAGCGUUUCAUGCUGAUUGAUGGGAACAGAGUGGCUACAGGUUCAUAUAGGUUUAACUGGACAGAUGGCAAACUCAACAGCAGCAACCUUAUUGAGUUAUCUGGCCAGAUAACAGAAAAAUUUGAUGAAGAGUUCCGCAUCCUCUAUGCUCAGUCCCUACCGCUGCCUCAGAAUACAAGAGCCCCCUCUAGUGCCAGAAGCAGCGUUUUAUAUGACCAUCUUGUCCUCAAACCACCUGGAACGCCUCCCUCCUUCUUGGCACGAACAACAAAGCCUCAACCAGAAUGUCUGACGAGCACUCCAGCCAGACUUCAUACCCCAGAGAUCCAACAGAUGAAUAAAGACAUUGAAGAUCGAGACAGAAAGAGUAACCCAGUUUCUGAUACUUCCACUGUAGGUGAAGACUGGAUUGAGCAAGAACUCAGAGAGGAAGCGCUCGCCUCGGAUGACCGUCCUUGUUUGCCGGCAACGAAUGUUACUACUCCGACUCAGACAGUCGAUGUGAUGAUCUCUCUCCCUGUACCUUCCUGCCACAUCUCAACACAAACGACCUGCCACACCGUAGACACGAGUGUGCAGACAUGCGCCGACAACAAGCCUCAGAGCUCAAGCCCCAAAUCGCACACCUCGUCCAGCAGCAACCAGGUCAACCCCAGUGCGUCGUCCGCUUGCAACUUUCAGGAGGUGGACUGUCACCCACCUGUCUGUCUUGCCCCUCAAGACGCCAACCUGAGGGAAUGCUUCCUCAAGAUCACUAAAGAACGACAGCACCACUACAGCUCCAUUCGCUCCAAACUCGACCACAUGGUGACACUGCUCUCUCACAAGAGGGAACUAGUGGACCUCACCAACCUGACGCUGACGCCCGGCCUGCACAGGGGACGCAAAGGUCAGCAGGAGGGCAGGCAGGUUCACGGUACACAUGACAAUGUUAUUAUGGGAACAUGGCCCAGGUCGAGAUGUCUGCAGUAACAUGAGGUGUAUUGGUGUUCGUCUGCUGUUUUAGUAUUGCACUUUUUAAAAAAGCAGAACAAAACUUAAUCAGAAAACAUAUUUUGAAUGAUGUUAUGUGACAAUCAAUGCAGUGUAAAAGUGGCAAAUGUGCAAAGAUACUACUUAAUUCUACUUAUUUUUUAGGAUGAGGGAAUUAUUAGCAGUCUUUAAAUACUGUAGUCAAAAAACAAAAUUCUUUUCUUUUCAGUGCUAUUUUGAAAUCCAGUUUUGUCUUUAUUUGGUUGUUUCUGUUUCUUCAUUGUUUGUUUAAAGUUGUGAAGUUAUGAAAAUAACUUUUUUGAACACUAUUACUGUAAUAUUCAUAUUAAAGAACAGUCACUCAUGGGGA